AUGAUAGCUUUUCAAUGGCUGACUAUAUCAAUGAUUUUAAUUGUACUAUCAUUAAUACAUAUUGAUGCAUUAAAACAUCGAUCUGUUCGACAAACUACAAUUAAUAAAUGUCUAACUCCAGAUAUUCCGAUAUGUGAUUUCGUUCAAUGUGGAAAUGGAAGUUGUGUAAAAGAUGAAAACAGUCUCAAUUGUUAUCAAUGCAAAUGUUCUCCUGGUUAUGUAGGUCAACUAUGUGACGAAACUAUUGUUCUUCCAUCUUCAUGUAAUCCUGUAUGUCAAAAUGGUGGAACAUGUGUAAUGAAUGGAGCUGCUUAUACAUGUAGCUGUGCAACAGGAUGGACUGGACCAAUCUGUGACAUACCAGAGCAUAAUUGUCCUAUUGGAUUCUGUCAAAAUGGUGGUACAUGUCGAAUGGAUGGAAUGAAUCCAUAUUGUAAUUGUCCAACAAUAUAUACAGGUCAACGAUGUGAAACAUUAAUUCCAGGAACAACGACAACACCAUCAACUACAAUAACGACACAAUAUGUCAAUCCUUGCAAUCCGAAUCCAUGUUACAAUGAGGGUGCCUGCUUUCGACAUGGUAAUAGCUAUGUGUGUGUUUGCAAAUCACAAUUUACAGGUAGCCUAUGUGAAGUGCCUCGUAUAACAACGACACCUGCAAUCUCUACAAUUAGGUGUACGAGCCAACCCUGUCAAAAUGGAGGUACUUGUUUUGAUUCUGGUAAUUCAUACUUUUGCUAUUGUGGACCAAAUGGUCGUUAUACUGGUAAAAACUGCGAAAUAGUUAAUGCACCAUCAGUAUCCAAUUGUCCAUUAAACUGUGCACCUGGAUAUUGUGUAAAUACUGGUGUUAGUCAAAAUGCAUAUGCUUGCAUAUGUAAUGGUGUAAUGACUCCAACAAGAUGUCCAUUGAAAUAA